CCGACACAAGUCACGGAGACAACGGAGCCCAGAAUGCCCGACGUAUUCUCCGUGCCAAUCUUCCUCGUCACCUUCCGCGAGGCCCUCGAGACGGUCAUCAUCGUCUCCGUCCUGCUCGCCUUCCUCAAGCAGACCCUCGACCAUGACAAGACGCUUCACAAGCGGUUGGUGUGCCAGGUCUGGCUCGGCAUCUUCCUAGGCCUGCUCAUCACGCUCGUCAUUGCCGCCGCCCUCAUCGCCGUCUUCUACACGGCCGGCGCCAACAAGUGGGAGGCGUCCGAGCUGCGGUUUGAGGGCGCCUUCUGCCUAAUUGCGUGCAUCAUCAUCAGCGUCGUUGGGGCCGCGCUGCUGAGGAUGGGCAGCAUGCGGGAUAAGUGGCAGGAGAAGUUGGGGGGGGUCAUGGACAGGCGGGCUGUAGUAGCUACAGCGGCAGAAGACAAUGCGAAGAAGGGAAUCGAAAGGGGGAGGGUGACGGCGAUGGCUGAUGCGGUCAAGAAGUGGAUGGAGAGGUAUACCAUGUUUGCGCUGCCCUUUGUGACGGUGCUGAGGGAGGGCAUUGAGGCCGUCGUGUUUAUUGCCGGCGUGACGUUCUCGGCUCCGGCCACUGCAGUGCCGUUGGCCGUGGUGGUUGGCCUGGCGGCUGGGGCGGUGGUUGGGUAUGGGCUGUAUAAGGGUGGAUCAACCACGAAGCUGCAAGUCUUCCUGGUCAUCUCGACCUGCUUACUUUACCUCGUCGCUGCCGGCCUCUUCUCGCGGGCUGUGUGGUCCUUUGAGCAGGACGCCUGGCAGGUGCUGAUAGGGGGCGAUGCCGCCGAACUCGGCGAGGGCCCCGGGUCAUAUGAUAUUGACCGGUCGGUAUGGCAUGUCAACUGCUGCAGCCCGACAUACAACGGCGGCAGCGGUUGGGGCUUCUUCAACGCCAUUCUCGGCUGGACCAACUCGGCAACCUACGGAUCCGUCAUCUCGUACAAUCUGUACUGGCUCUGCGUCAUUGUCUCGUUCCUCGUUAUGAGGUACCGCGAGGUGACGGGUCACUGGCCAUUGGUGAAGUCCAAGGACUCUCAUCUGUCGAGAGCAGCCCUGGAGGCGGAGGACCAGACCAGUGAGAAGUCUGUGAGUCGAGGGUCCGAGAAGCCUGGAGAAAAGACGGUGCCGAGAGAGGAGGUUACCAUGGCUGCGGUUUGACAGCGGAAGUCUGCCGUGAGAAUAUGGAAGCUUACAAGUGAU